CAUUGAUUUUAAGUUUUUCAUAUAGUAAUCAAGACUGCUCUUUGAUCUACUAAUGGUUAUGCUGGAUAUAUGUAUAUCUUCAACAAAUAUCUCAUUAUUUAUCAAGUUCUUGAUGGAUGUAGCUAUGAGAACCCAAUUGGCCACUUAAGAUGACAAUAACAUGAGAAGUUCAUUAGUUUCAUUAAUAUCUUGCAUUUUACCUCCAUUGAAAUUGAAUUCUACUGGGUGUUACAGUAGUGGAGGGCUCAUUGCUUGCGCGGACUCACCUUCAGAAGGUGGAAAAUCAAUUGUCAAACUCAAUCAAAAGGUACCACAGAAGAAAAAGGUUGUGGUUAUAGGAACAGGAUGGGCUGGUACUAGCUUUCUGAAGGAUCUGGAUAUUUCUUCCUACGAUGUUCAGGUGGUUUCACCUAGGAAUUACUUUGCUUUCACCCCUUUGUUAUCGAGUGUCACAUGUGGAACAGUUGAGGCGCGAAGUAUUGUAGAACCUGUUCGAAACAUAAUAAAGAGAAAUGGGGAAAUUAAUUUCUGGGAAGCAGAAUGCCUCAGGAUUGAUCAAGCAAACAGAAAGGUUUUCUGUCGGUCCACUAUUGAUGAAAAUUUAGCAGGAAAUAAUGAAUUCUCUCUACAAUAUGAUUAUUUAAUUCUAGCAAUUGGAGCACAAGUAAACAUAUUUAACACUUCUGGUGUUUUGGAGCAUUGCCAUUUUUUGAAGGAAGUAGAGGAUGCUCAAAAGAUCCGUAGGACUGUAAUCGAUUGCUUUGAAAAAGCUGUCCUUCCAGGGCUGACUAAAGAAGAGCGGAAAACUCACAUCCACUUCGUAGUAGUCGGAGGGGGUCCAACUGGCAUAGAAUUUGCAGCUGAACUUCACGACUUUGUUCAUGAAGAUUUAGUCAACAUAUAUCCAUCAGUUAAAGAUUCAGUGAAUAUCACAGUAAUACAAUCUGGAGAUCAUAUCUUGAACUCGUUCGAUGAAAGGAUCAGCUCAUUUGCUGAACGGAAGUUUCGAAGGAAUGGUAUUCAAGUUUUGACAGGACACUGCGUACUUAGUGUUUCUGAUAGAUUGAUUAACAUGAAAAACAAAGCUACUAGAAAUGAUGAUUCAAUGCCGCAUGGGAUGGUGGUAUGGUCAACCGGUGUUGGCACUCGUCCAGUUGUCAAGGAUUUUAUGGAACAAGUUGGACACGUAUGUUUUAUGUUCUUGUUACAUAUAUUGAGACCUAUGUACAUUUGUUGUUGCUGUUAUUGCGUGUAACUAUAAUGUUUCUGAUCUCAAUUUAGCUGACUGUUAGAUCUAAUAACCAUUAUCGUAUAUCUGUUAUUCUUUAUGCAGGGUAGUAGGCAUGUUCUAGCAACUGAUGAAUGGUUGUGAGUGAAGGGAUGUGAGAAUGUGUAUGCCCUUGGUGAUUGUGCCACUAUCGAUCAGAAAAAAAAAUUAUGGUAAUUUAGAUAGUAGUAACACAAGAUGGGAAUUUAUUUGUUUGGGAUAUAGGUUCAAUAUAUUUCUAUCAAUCACAAUUAGUCCUUUUCUGGAGUUUGAAAGUUCAAUUUAUGAAAUCAGAAUCUCGUCAAUAUUACCAAAACAAUACUAACAAGGCAGUCACCAAUCUCUUUAUUGUUAUCUCAAGUUUUUAUCCUAGACAAAUUUUAGUAGAAUAUGUAUGGGAUUUUUUACAUUAAAUAAAAAAUAAUGAAGAAAAUAUAACAUUAAUAUACCAGAUGAUAUUGUAAUUUUACCUUACCAAUUUAUAUUCCAAACUUUCUAAAAAUGGAAGCAAGUGAAAAAGGCAUUUCUCAAGUUUAUGAAUAUGUCAUAACUCUGCAAAAAUAGUGCUUGCUAUUUUACAGGGAAACCUUUUGCAUGGAAAAGAUAGUUGUUGGUUGACUAAACCUGGAAUUUCAGAAAGAUGUCCUACUUAAUUUACUUCCAUCAAGUUACACAUGAUAAUUUUGAGAUUUUAUAUGUUGUCUUGCAAAUGAAGAUACGAUUCUUUUACAAUGCCGUACUAUUGCUUUUCUGGAAGAUAUCUCGGAAAUAUUUAAAGCUGCGGAUAAAGAUAAUUCUAGCACCCUAACUAUAGAAGAAUUCCAAGAUGUAAUUGAAGAUGUCAUCAUCAGAUACCCUCAAGUGGAACUGUAUCUGAAGAGCAAGCAUCUAUUUGACGUAGCUGGCUUACUAAAAGAUACAGAUGGUAGUGAUAGGCUGGAGGUAGAUAUUGAAGGGUUCAAAUUAGCACUAUCGCAUGUUGAUACAUAGAUGAAAAGUCUUCCAGCUACUGCACAAGUUGCAGCUCAACAAGGUGCAUAUGUAUCGAGGUGCUUUAACAUAUGGGAGAAAUGUAAAGACAAUCCAGAAGGCCCUCGUAAAUUCAUAAUUUCGUCCUUUUCGGUACGCCUCUCUCUCUGCCUACCAUAUUUUCAAUUUGUUAUUUUUCCCUAAAAUUUCUUAAUAACUAAACUUCCAAAUCAAAAAUAAUCUAAAAAGAUAUUUUAAAAUUAAUGCAAGACUAGUUAUGAACUUUUCCCACUUAUCCGAAAUAUUUAGCCUGCUUUCUGAUUUUUAUCAGCUGAUGAGAUUAGAUUGGAUAUUUUACUACUGAAUCAUCAGAAACUUUUAUUCUGAGUGUCACGUAACUUUUGGGUCCAAAAUUAGCUACCACUUAGCGAAGGACAAAACCGGUUAUAUUGGACUAUAAUGCCAGGAGAUAUGGUGUAUAAGAAGUUCGAGAAAGAUUUUCUACUUCUUCCGAGGUACAAAUUGUUUAAGCAAAAUAAGAGUUAUUUAUU